AGCUAAAGGAUGAAGAUCAGAGAAUAUAUAAUCUUGUAUUUAUUUGUCCUGUAUACGUAAAAGGAUCUUGUUUGAAAUCCAUCUGGAUGGUUUGAACCAGGAUGGCCAAGCCAUUCUACAGGCUUCAGCACAUUUUAAGGCGGGCUCAGCAGCUUCUGUUUUUUCUGGGUGUGGCUUACAUCAUGGCAGGAAGCGUGUUACUGCUUCAGCACUCCAUUGUGGUAACAUUUCAGACAGAAACAGAUACCACGCCGCUACUUUCACUACCAGAGCCACCUAGAUCCAUGGAGGUACCUGCUACCAGGUGGUUGUACAGGAGGCCUGUCAUCCAAGAGAUGGACAACCAACCUCUUGAUCAGACAGAAAACAGAAAGGACCAGAAGCACCUCAGAUCUCGUAAUCUAGAGAUCAGGCAUCUGAGACGUCACAGGUUCCAUGGUUAUGCUGAACAGAAAAGCUCUUCUGAACAUAGUGCGUCACAUAAGAAAGACAGACGUAAAGGGACCUACGUCGGAUGUUUUAUAAACAAUGAAACAGAGCAUGCACUCAGGGGGACCGUUCUUUAUGAUUUCCGCAAAAUGACCAGUGCCUUGUGUCAGGACACCUGCUCUGAAAGUGGGUUCCGGUAUGCUGGGCUGGAGUAUGGAACAGAGUGCCAUUGUGGAAAUCGGGUCUGUGCCCAGCGGGCUCGGGGUGAGGACUGUAAUCUGGAUUGCCGUGGAGAGAAGGGAUCCCCCUGUGGAGGGGUGGCACGCAUGUCUGUUUACAGAGUUGAGGAUCGACUUCCAGGACAGAGAACAUACAGAGCUGUUCACUACCACGGCUGUUACAAGAAGCCAAAGAACUCUACUGCUAACUUCCUGAUCAAGACCUCUGAGCCAACACACACACCUCAGCAGUGUAUAGAGACCUGUACAGAUCAGGACCUGCCAUUGGCCAUUUUGAGAGGGCAAGACUGUUUCUGCAGCCAUGUCCCGUUUCUCUUCACAGUCCAGAUGAGUGAACAGACAAAUCACACCUCUCCUUAUGACCUUGACUACUACUGGGUAUACAGUACUCCUGUGCUAGAUGCAAUGUGCAAAGAAAGGAGAUUUCUGCCCCAGAAGUCCAGCACUCUCGUUGCCCUGUCCAGCUUUCCAGGGGCAGGAAACACCUGGUUACGUCACCUGAUUGAACUCGCCACUGGAUUCUACACCGGCAGCUAUUACUUCGAUGGAUCUCUGUACAACAAAGGUUUUAAAGGAGAGAAGGAUUACUGGCAGAGCGGGAGAGUCAUCUGUGUCAAGACUCAUGAAAGCGGCCAGCGAGAGAUCGAAAUGUUCGACUCAGCCGUCCUGCUGAUGCGAAACCCCUAUCGCUCUCUAAUGGCAGAGUUCAACCGCAAGUGUGCUGGACACCUGGGAUAUGCGUCAGAUGUUCACUGGAGGAGCAAAGAGUGGUCAGAGUUUGUAGACAGCUAUUCAUUCUGGUGGGUGUCUCACGCUCUGGCCUGGUUGCGGUUUGCCCACCACCUGCUGGUGGUACACUUUGAAAAUCUACAGAAAGAUCUAGUCCCUCAGUUAAAGACCAUCAGCGCUUUUCUGAACACCAGCAUUACUGAGGAAAGACUACUGUGCACAGAGAGCAACAGAGAUGGCCAUUUUAAACGCUCUGGAUCCCGCAGCCUGACAUUUGACCCCUUCACCCCUGAGAUGAGAGCUCGUAUAGACAAAUACAUCCGCACAGUAGAUAAAGCCCUCAGAGACAGAAACCUCAGCGGCCUGCCACAGGAGUACAUGCCCAGGUGAGGAUUUGUGAACGCAGCGGCUGUCUUCUGCUGGAGGGAGGACACAAACACAAAGUGCCUGAGUAAAAAAAACGGAGUUUUUGCUGUCUGUUUGUCUGUUGUUUUAUUUGUGCUCUGUGUUAGAUGUUGCGUUGUCACCACAUUUGAAUGCAUUGUUGAGACUGUGUCUAGUUAGUAUGUUUUAUCAUUAAACUGAUCAGUUCUCAUAGUAUCAGUUUCACUUUCAAAAGUAAUAUUAACCUUUAGCAGAUUACACUAUCCUUGGAAUGACCGGUGCCUUUAUACUUAAAAUCCAAAGUGUAUUUAUUUGAAAACUGUGUCUGAUGUGCGUUCGGAAUCUCAAGGUCACGGCAUCUUCAAGGAACACAGAUGCAUUCAUUCCAUCAGGGAAAGAUGUUCCCUCGUGAACAAUGACAAGACGAGAUCUUGCUCUUGUGUGAGGAACAGUUUGUGUACUUCGGUCAUUUUAUUACUACAAGUACCAAAACCAUAAAUCUUGAAAGGUUACAGCACUGGCAUGAGCUUAUUUAGAGAAACUCGGAUAGACAGAUAAGAUGAGCAAGGAAGAGCAAUCUGCCUGAGAGUAAUAGGUAAGUGCUGGAUAUUUAUUUGUACACAAAACCAAAAAAUUUAAUUUUUAGCAGGGGGUUGACUGGAUAAAUGUAUCUGCUGAUACACUAUUUUCUUCUUUCUCUAUAGUGGCAAUUAGGAAGCCAUAAAUCUUUCAUUUUGACAGCUACUAAAGAGUGGUAGUGUGCUGGGAUUUUUCUGAGUUUUUAGAUUUAAUUAGUUCGUACAUUAGUCCUUUAGAUUUGAGUGAUUAACCAAUUAUAAUUUGUGCUUAACGUCACUGCAGCCUGGAAGAAAUACGCAGUGUCUGCAGAAUUAUUCUGUGCAUGACAGGUUUUCUCGCAUCACAGGCCGUCACCACUAGCUGCAUUUAAAGGGGAGGCCUAAAAAUCUGUUCACAGAGGACCAGCAUGUUCCUGUUCCUGAGCUAUUACAAAGUAUUUAUCUCUGUAUACAUGCCAGAUAAUCACCUUUGAUCUCAAUGUUGCAAACUUGGCAUCUUGAUUUAGCUACAUACAAAUGUAAUAAUCCAUUAAAGAGAAUAAUUAUUGCCAUUAUUAUUCAGAAAUUUCUAAUAUUUGUGAAAAGCUGUGCAUUUCAAAAUUUAACUCACAGUUUUUGAAAACCAAAAUCACAAAAUGAUUUAUAACAUUUGCAACAGAUUUAAUAACAGAUGAAAAAGCUGCUCUAACAAAUGGCACAGGGGAACCAAUGGAUCUUAUUUUAGCUUCUGGAUCUGUCAUACAGAGAAAAACAACUCCACGAAGAGAAUAUUAAAUGUGCAGA